AUGACUUCUUACGAUCUUACUGAUGAGAAGGGUCUUCAGCAAUACCUCGAAGCGAACCAAUUCCCAGCAACUAGCGUGCAGCUCCUCUCAGGAGGCAAUGCAAACUACGUCUUCCGCGUCACAAAGCACGACGGCUCCACGAGCAUCUUCAAACACGCAGAGCCUGUCCUGAAAUUCAACAAGGACUUUGCACUCGAUCCUGCCCGCAUGGAUUAUGAGGUCCGGAUUCUAGAAGCACUAUCUUCCAGGAGGAGUCCUCUACCCACGAGCCCUACCACCUCGAACGUACGCCCGGCGAGGUUUUCGAGCUACGAUCAAUCAGAAAAGCUGCUUGAAAUCGAAGAUGGCGGGCGUCGCAACUUGAAGGACGCUUAUACAGACCCGAAGCUCGACAUAUUGUACAUUGGAGAGCAGCUUGCGACAUGGCUCGCUACACUGCACACUGCAGCAAGGAACUUCUCGCUCGCUUCAGCGCACGAAGGACAAGACAGCAGAAACAACCCCAUUGCUGUCAACGUAUACCGAUACUCUUACAACGAUCUGCACACCGCGUUGACGCAGUUCGGUCACGACCCCCAGCUCGCUUUUCUCGUCAACGAAAAGUUCGGCAGUCUACUCGCAACAGACGACGAGUGCAUCUGCCAUGGCGACUUCUGGCCUGGAAACAUCCUCGUCCGUGAUGCUGAGUUGCAGCCGGUUGAGCUGACCAUCGUGGACUGGGAGAUGGUGCGUCGUGGCACCAGCGCAACGGAUGUCGGUCAAUUCGCUGCUGAGGCAUUUCUUCUUGAUCGCUUUCGAGGUGGUAGAGGGCUACUCCGUGUGUUCUUGAAUGCAUAUAUCGCAGCUCGUGGGCAUACAGAGGUGCUCGGCAAGGCGUGGCUAAUGAGGAUGGUGGUGCAUUGGGCAGUUCACAUUGCAUUCUGGCCGACUAGGAUUGCAUGGUCUGGUCAGGAAGAGACUAGGUCGCUCGUUGAUGUUGGUGUUAUUACGUUGCAGAAUGUUCUUGAAGAGGACUGGGAGAAGGUCCUAGAGUCACCGCUGUUAAGGGAUGUGAAGGAGACGUACUCCACGCUACUGUCACGACCAUAA